AUGGCUGCAGUGUCUGCUAAGAAACCCUCGUCAAAAAAGCAACAUAUUCGAGGUAAAGGCAUAAAGAAGAAGAAGGUUACUCUUAAGUUCACUGUGGAUUGUGCCCACCCUGUUGAGGACAAUAUCAUGGAUGUCGCAAAUUUCGAGAAGUACCUUCAGGAACGCAUUAAAGUCAACGGAAAAACCAAUAAUUUUGGGAACAACGUGUCUCUGGAGAGAAACAAAGCGAAAGUUUCCAUUAAUUCUGAUGUACCCUUUUCGAAGAGAUACUUGAAGUACCUCACCAAAAAAUACUUGAAGAAAAAUAAUUUGAGGGAUUGGCUGAGAGUUGUCGCCAACGGCAAAGACACUUACGAAUUGAGGUACUUCCAGAUAAACAGCCAAGAAGACGAGGAAGAAGAAGAUAACGAUUAA